AAAGGGAAACCUUUAUUAGAGAUUAGAUUAAAAAAUGGGAAAGAGAAAGCAUUCUGACGAACAAUCUUCACGUCAUGUUAAAAUCGUAGUUGCUGAAAAGCAAACUGAUGUAGAACCACCUUACUUGGUGGCCUUUCCUGGUACAAAACCUUCCUCUGACUUGAUUUAUACACCUCACAGACGUGAAGAAGAAGGCAAAAAAGCUGAACAACGAGUCAUUUCCGGUGAAACAGAAAAAGUGAUAUACACUGGCUCCAAUUUCGGACGAGAUGCUAUUGACACUCACUGCAAGUAUCUUGUUGGUGUUUAUUCCAAGAAAGAGAAUACACUUAGUAUUACGAAUGCACCCAUCAUGAGAAUGAACCGAACCGUAAAAGCCUUACAAACAGAAUCAAACGUACAAGGAAGCGCAACCCGUGGUAUGGCAGCCCGUGCAGCUCUCGGUUUGGCUUUCGGUACAGUCAAGGCCAAGAAACAGCUGAAUAGCGAUGAACGUAAUUUGGUUACGGGUGAGCAGUUGGCAGACGACAUGGAUAAUUUGCAUUCAGAGAUUGGUAAAUCAACAGCCAACAUACCCAAGAAGGACGAACUUAAAAAAUCAAUGGAAACGGCAUUACCUGUUCCCAAACACAACAUCGAAGCUGAGUCACCUGAGGAAGCUUAUGAUCUGUCAUCGAUUGUGACAGAUGAAGAGCUUAACUCGAUCAACCCCAAGGAACUAUUAAAGGAAACAUCAUUAGAAGGCGUCAAGUCUCAUCUGGCUUAUCGCGACUCUAAAUUCAUCAAUGAUCGUCUGAUGGCCAUCAUUGCAGCUUCAGGAAAGAAGGAUCGUAAGCGUGUUCGCACGUUGAUGUAUAUCAAUAUUCUCAUGGCAUAUUACGUCCGUGUGCGUGCAUCAGACUUGAAAGAUCGUAGAAAGGUAGAGACAGCACUAAAGAAUCCUUCGAGUAUAAUAUUAGAUGGACUUGCUGAAAGAUACACAGAAUCCAAUACACGUACACCUGUUAUGGCAGAUAAACUUCUCUUAUACAUGUUUACACUCAUCCUCUCUGUCUCUGGAUAUAGCGUGGUGAUUGAUCAAUUAGGCAAAGAUCUUUUACUCAAGCCUAUCAAGAUAACAUCACUAUUUAAGACACUAGGAUGUAAGAUAGAUAAAGCAAGCACAGAAGAAUGUCGUGAACUUGGUACAAAAUCAGCAAAGAAGGCUCAGUUGAUUGUCCCUUUAAAAUUCCCUGAAGUCAGAACAGGCGGUGGACCUCGUCGUUAGAAUUAAUAUACAGUGAAUAGUUUAUUUCAAUAAAAGCUUUUCAACAAAAACACUAAUAAUUCGCACUUUUAAUCCUUGGAUCACUGUUAGAUUUUAAUUUUACAAUAAAAAAAAUUC